UAGAAAUGGCUGCUUGUGUUCGUCAUAGUUUGUGUCGUAUUUUAUGUGAAUUUUGUAAAUAUAACUCAAGAUGAAUGCAGAAUUGAAUAGAAAUUGAUCCAAACUCAUUUAAGCACUGUAUAAUAAAUAUACACAUACCGCGCUAAAAAUAUAAGACACCACCAUGUCGCUUGACAAGGCUACAGAAAUAAAAGGCAAUGAGAUCGAUAAAAGCAAACGUCGUCAUAAAACUGACGACACUGUUGUUGCGACAGCGGCAAUGAGUGGUGGUGAUGAUACAUUGCAAUAUACAAAGAUGGAGAAUGUUGAUAGUGCAGGGAAGCCCACGGAGUUGUGUUUACAAGGCAACUCGCACUUGAUGUCGAGUACCACAAGUAGUUUGGCUGAUACGCCCGGUGAUUCUGGUGUUUUGUGUUUAGAUAGUGAAGCCUCGGAAGCUACAAGUCAGGCUCUUAUGUCACACAGCCUCAUCGGGGCCGAGGAGUUAGCCUGCGACAGCCAGUAUGACGCGCCACCAUCCUGCUCGCAAGACAUGAUCAAGAGCACCACCAGCAGUCUCAUGACUCGCAGCGACAUAGACAAUCAAAACAUCGGAAUUCCCGAUGACAUAGUUCCAGAACUUCUGGUCGAAACACUCAAAAAACCAUAUGAAAAUCUACCAGAUGUAGUUUUAAAGGCAUUAGAAAGUGAAAAAGUUUGUACAGAUGAAGUGAAAAAGCCUGCAUUAAGAACAAGUGAGCCUAAAAAAUCUUUGUCAGAGGAUAUUGUUUAUAGACGAAGAUGUAGAAAAAAGUCUCAAAGUGGCCCCAGUUCACAAAAGAAGAGAGUUUCCUUUCAUGAAGAUAUUUUGAAUAAUACCAAAACAGACAAUAUUCAUAUAGAGAGAGGAUUUGUGUCGUAUGGUCCUGAUAGUGCGUACUGUGAUAGAUUUAGACAAAAGAACAAUAUAGGUGUGACUGAUAGGUUCUCCUGGUGUGCAAGUGGUGACAGGACACCCAAGUAUGCAGCUGAUGUGGCCCAGCAGACUAUGUCUGACAUUCUGACCUAUGGUGACCCAAAAACAGACAGAAGUGGCAUAUUUGAGUACUGCCAGAACUUUGAACAAGAAAACCAAGACAAUAAUGAUAAAGAGAACAAUAAUGAAUCAAGACCUACCAAUAAACUUUAUGGGUGUGAUUCAAACAGCUCAGAUUCUAAUUUUAGUUGUGAUUCUGAAACUUCUUCCACUGAUUCAUCAUCCUCACAUUCCAAUUCAAACAAAACAGAGACCACUCUCCUGCACAGGAAAUGUGAUAAAACUCAGAAAUCAUAUUCCUGUGAUGGUUUUGAGAAUAAUGGGCAUGUGGCAUUUAUGAGAAAAACAUAUUUCUCUGAAGCAGAUAUUGAUCAGUCCCAUGACCGCAUGAAAAAACCUCUAGAAGUAUCCCAAAGCCCCAACACUGUGAAAUCUGUUUUGAAAAAGAAAAGGUACAUACCAACAAAUAUUGUGGAGGAAAGAAAACAAAAUAGGAAACGGCUGAAUUUACUUGAUGCCAAUAACAUCAUGGAUUCUCUGAAGAAUUUCUAUAAGAAUUUUAACUUUAACUUUGCUCCCGAGAAAGGCUUGCCUGAGAAUAGUUUAGAAUUAAACAAUGUGGUUGAAGCUUUGCCCUGUGAUGUGAAUCAGAACAAGAGUCUAUCCAAAAGUUUAGAUUCUGGCAUUCAAGCUGGUGAUGAAGAUGACUUUGUUGAAAUCAAUCUAAAUGGACACCCAUUAAAGGCUGAAAAGCCAAAGGAUAUUACAGUAUCAUCCAAGAAUAAUGUGCCUGGAGACAGGACACCAAAUGAGGGAUCUCCUCGGCAUAAGCUGACUCUAAACAUGAAGAAUCAACUAGACAAGAAAUCCAUGAGCAAGGCUGAUGCAUUCCCCCCAGUCACAAAAUAUGUUGUGAAUUGUGAGAGCACUGUUUAUGAACACAAAGGUGUCUCUUACAGCUAUGUACAUGACACAUUCCAGACUGCUUUUGAUGCCCCUAAAGAGACAUUUGUUCCAAUCCCUGAAACUACUCCAGUCAAGGAGCUGGUCUCUAGUACCAGUAAAACAGACUUGACUCCAAGGUUCUCUGAUAUUGAAACAUCCAGUAGGACAUCAACUCCUAAAAGACAGUUCAAUAAAAACAUUCAAGAUGAAACUGAACAGAAGAAUGGUGUUCCCAAGCAUUUGUCGUCACCUAAGAAGCAGAAUGUCAAUAGGUACAGCCGAAAAUCAGCAUCUACAAUACAAAAAUCUGCUGCAACUGAUGAGCCUGCUCAAGCAAACAGUGACAACUGUUCCAAUACUGACAAUUCUACCCUAAAAGGUGCAGAGGACUUCAAUGAGGAAUAUUUUGACAGCCCUGCCAAUCAGAAACUACAAUCAAAUAAAUCUGCUAUGUUGAAUAGGUACCUAAAGAAUGUCUGUCAGAGAAAAGACCUGGAGCUGAAGAUAAAGAACAAUAAGUUCUUUCAAUUCAAACUUAGAAUGGAAAAGCAUUUUCCCAGCAUAAUAUUUCCUUUCAAAGAUGUAUCCAACACAUUCCAUGUUUCCGCUGAGAGAAUGUCAAGGCUCAUAGACAAAGAAGUGAUUGAGAACAAAAGGUUGUCGGUGAGAAUGCUGACUGCUGAUGAGCCUUCCUACUUUGACAGUUUUGAGGACAAUGUUGCUAUUGAAUGCAACGAAAAGUUACGGUUGAAAAUCUUCACCUACCCCAAUGAAACGUUACAUAGGAUGAUGAAGGUGCAAUCUCCUUACAAUAUGGAAGAUGGUUCAUGGACACCUCUUCUUGUAUUCAUCACAGACUAUGCUUUGUAUGUGGCCAGUGUGAAACAAGGAGGAACCGAAUACGAAAUCUUAUGCAGACUUCCCCAUAACGAACUUGACGCAAUUGCGGUUGGCCCAGACCACCAAUACAUCCAGAUAGUGGACGUAGCAGGCAACAUAGCCUGCUCAGUGGUGACCGCUGAGUCGUCGCUGGGCGCUCGGCUGGCGUCUUCCCUGGAGUGGAGCGCUCGCACGUCGCCGCUCAGGAUCUCAAGACCGCCCGCCAUGCUGCCUCUAGACUGCAGGCAUCUGGCGUCCGCUGUCGCUAGGCAGAGGCUGGAGAGACGGAUACCCCAGAUCCUAUACUACGGGCGCGCGUGUUCCGGCGACGCGGGCGACCGCCUCAUCGAAGCACCGGGUGCCUUCGCCCCGCCUCUCGAAGGCUAUCUCAUGUGCCGGACCGACAAGACCCGCCGGUUCGAGCCCUGCUACUUUUUGUUGAGAGCUGGUGUUCUCCACUGGGGUCCCCAUUCUCCAGACGGCGUCACCCCUUUGCCAAAUAACAUCGCGCUUCGAGCAGUGGUGGGAGUGAGGAGGCACCUGGACUCUUCCAGACGUCCUCACUGCUUCGAGAUUGCGUUGGGAGACUCCAGCCGCCUGCUGUUGGCAGCGCCUGAUGAUGCGACGGCUUCUUCGUGGCUACAGUCGUUGCUACUUCACGCGGCCCAGGCCUUAGAAGAAAAAGACGGUGUGAAGAAAGUGGACCCCCGGGCCGGGGAGCCGCCGCCCGCCUGCACCGUCCUGGUCACGCCCACUGAGGUGAUCAGUGUCAGAGACACCCUGGAUUUGGCUUUUGUGGCCGGCGCCGCUGCUUAUCUGAAGGACCGGGGAUCCGAGGCGCUGCUUAAAGAAUACUUGGAAGAAGUGAGAACUGACGUGGAGAUCCUUGCUUGCGGAUCCAUCAAGAACUUGACGGCGUUCAAGAUUCCCGACACUGAUGAGAACUGGUGCUGCUUGGAGUGGAGCGUGUGUGAAGCGCGCGAGCGCGGCGCGGGUCUGGCGCUGGUGCUGUCCAGCAGUUCUGAGCUCGAGCGCCUCAUCGCCGCCGUCGAGGCUGCCUUCUGCGCCAGGACCAGCGAGCCAUUCCCGCUGAGCGUAGUGGAAGCAAGCAAGUCGGCUUGCAGCUCGGCACACAGCAAGUACGAGGCGGCGUGGUCGCACAUGCUGCCUGCACACCAGUAACAUUCUUGGAGGGGACUUGUGGUCAGUUGACGUAAUUAUUACUAUUCACAACAGGACCUAGUGGAUGUAAACCUUUAUAAAGGCACCGGAGAUCAAUAGCCUAUGUCCAGCCGUGGACUGCUAUUCAACUACUAGUGGGCUACUUAUCAACUUCUAAUCACCGUCAGCAUUAGAAGCGCCUAAUACAAUGAACAAUAAAAUAGAGGAGUAAAAUACUCACGAAUUCGUCAAAUCAACAUCUUAGAUGGAAUCUGCAGAACCAAGGCAGAUGCACACGAUCAAGAAACGACGUAGCCGUAUAUGAAGGCCACCCAUAUGAAGAUGAAAUACUCCAUUAGGCGAUUAUCACACUGCACCGCGCUCCGCCGCGGUCCGCGUGGCUAC